AUGCAAAAUCUGGAAACACAACCUGUUAGAAAAAGUCGGGGUACCUUGGCAAAAAUCGCUGAUAUCGUUCAAGAAUUUUGCGAAGAGGAAGAAGAAACCUUGACCAAAGAACAGGGCAAAGAAUUAAAUGUUAGAUUAAACAGUGCCAAGUCUAAAAUAGCAAAUGUGUAUGAGACCCUCAAAAAAAGUGUGGAUAAGCUAAGGGAACAAUAUGUGGAUUCGAAAGAAGAUAUUAAUCCUCUAGGUAGAUAUGAAAAGGUGAAGAAUAGUAUAAAGGAAGUUAUUAACACGAAUAAAUCCCUCCAAAACACACUAGGCCUUUUACCAGAGCAAGAUGAAGGCGAAAGUAAAAUGGAAUAUACCAUAAGGCUUGUAUCAACCAUGGAAAAGGGUGAUAAAGAUUCUUUGGAAAGCAAUGAAUUAUGUAGGAAGACUUACAAUAGCAAUAGAUUAAAUAUCAAUGCAGCGGAAAGGAAUAAUACACUACCUAAUUUGCCCGAAACCGAUAGUUUUAUAUCUCGACUAUCCUUCAGAACUAAAAAUAAACAUAAGAUUUUAACCAACGAUAUAUGGACAGGUUAUUCAGCCAACGAGAUACAAAAAAUGAAUGUGCAAACUCAAAUGGAGAUACACAAAAUCAUUCGUAAACUUUUCAUACUAAGGUCCAUGAUAUAUUCCCUCGAGGAAGAAUAUAAUGAAUCUAAAAAUUUACCCAUGCUUUGGCGGUACAAAAUACUCAAAAAGUCAAUAAAAGAUGUAAUUCGGCAUCCAGAAUACAUAACAAUGUACUCAGAAAAUGUCGAUCAUUAA